AUGCUGCCUUUAGGAGUUGCGUGCACCUAUUCUUCUUGUGCGACGCGAAUGGAUUCUGCAACCAACGCCAAGGUCCCGCAGCGAAGUGCUGUUGCACAGCGUUUGCAUCGACAAAAUAACCAAAUGAGCUGCUUGGAUAGUACGAUUGGAAAAAGAAGUCACCGACGGUUUCGUUUCCAUCGUAGUUAUCUUCCCAAAGACAACGACAUUGGAUAUGGGCUCAGAACGGAUGUGAAGCAAACCUAA